AUGCGCAACCUUGUCCCUAUACUCCUCCUGGUUGCCGCAGCCCACGCCGGCGAUCCUUCCUACUCCGAGUGCCCAAGAGACACGAACUACACGCGCGGCGGCGUCUUCCAGACCAACCUCGACGCCCUCCUCUGCUCUCUACCCGCCGCAGCCGCCGGCACGGCGUCCGGAUUCAGGACGAACACCACCGGCGCGGCGCCCAACAGGGCUUACGGGCUGGCGCAGUGCCGCGCCGACAUCAGCGCGUCCGACUGCCUCACAUGCCUCAACGCCUCGGUGCAUGACAUGGCCAUCCAGUGCCCCGGCCGGAGAAACUCCAUGGUCGUCUACGACACCUGCCUGCUGCGCCACGCCAGCGCGAGCUUCUUCGGCGCCGCCGACACGUCGUGGGUCAAGUACUGGUGGAAUCCGCAGAACGCCGCGCAGCCGGAGCGGUUCGCGUCGCUGCUGGACCCGCUGAUGGGGAAUCUCACCGAGAGGGCGGCGUACGCGUCUCAGCGGAUGUUCGCCGUCGGCACUGCGGACCUCACGUCCUCCGACAGGAUCUACGGCAUGGCGCAGUGCACACGUGACCUCGAUAACGACGACUGCCACGGCUGCCUCGUCACUGCCGUCUCAAGGAUCCCGACCUGCUGCGCCGGGAAGCGGGGUGGCCAGGUCAUCUUCCGGACUUGCUCCAUCCGGUUCGAGGUCUACCCUUUCUUCAACUCCCCUUCUGAGGCGGCCAUCUCUCAGGCGGCCAUGUCGCCGACGCUGCCGCCGCCGCCAGCAGGUGCGCGUAGCGACUACUCCACGCCCGGAAGCACCGGAAGUAAUGGCGCAUCCAGGGUCAAGACAGUUCUUGCCGCCUCAAUUCCUCUUGUUGCUGUAAUGCUGGUGCUGCUGGUCAUUGCUUGCUACCUCAGUAAAAGGAAUAAGAAAUCACACGAGCAUGUUUCAAUUGCAAGCGCCGAUGGAGAAGACUGGAGAAGUUCAGAGCCGCUCCUGUAUGAUUUGAGUACUCUACGAGCUGCCACAGACAAUUUCUCUGAAGACAACUUGCUUGGUGAAGGUGGAUUUGGGCCAGUGUACAAAGGCACGAUGCAGGAUGGGCAGGAGGUUGCAGUGAAGAGGUUGUCGAAAACCUCACGGCAAGGGCAUUUGGAGAUGAAGACCGAGGUUGUGUUGCUUGCGAAGCUCAAGCACAAGAAUCUGGUGCGCUUGUUAGGUUGCUGCAUCCAAGAGGGGGAGAAACUCCUCGUUUACGAGUUCCUCUGCAACAAAAGCCUCGACAAAAUCAUAUUCGAACCUUCAAGGCAUCAAGAGCUAAGAUGGGAGAACAGGUACAAGAUCAUCCAAGGGAUCGCCCGUGGUCUUCUUUAUCUUCAUGAAGACUCGAGAUUGACGAUCAUCCACCGGGAUCUCAAGGCGAGCAACAUCUUGUUAGACCCCAACAUGAACCCCAAGAUCUCUGAUUUUGGCCUUGCCAAGCUAUUCCCCAUUGAUGUUAGCGUAGGAAACACAAGCAGCAUUGCCGGAACAUACGGAUACAUGGCGCCGGAAUACGCCCUGCGUGGCAUCUUCUCGGCCAAGUCAGACGUGUUCAGUUACGGCGUCCUUGUUCUGGAGAUCGUCACAGGCCGCCGCAACUACUGCUGCCAGAAUUCAGGAGGAUCUGAAGAUCUUGUAGCCACUGUCUGGAGGCACUGGAGCCGUGGGAGCAUGUCACGGUUGCUCGACUGCUGCUCUGCCGACGGGCUCCGGCCGCAGGAGAUGCUUCGUUGCAUCCAUGUGGGGCUGCUCUGCCUCCAGCAAGAACCGCACCUUCGGCCCAGCAUGGCGAGGGUCGACGCCAUGCUCAACAGCCGCUCGAUUACGCUCCAGGCGCCCACGGCGCCGGCCUUCAUUGUUCCGAGCAGCACGACUGCGUUGGGGAGGAGCAUCGGACACGAGGAGGAUCCAAAUGAAUUAGAUCGUGCGCUGUCAAUAAACGAGGCUUCCAUUUCUGAUUUGGAGCCACGGUGA